AUUAUAUGAUGAAUUGUUGGUAAAUGAAAGAUGGCUUGUGAAGUAUUACCUUGAAAACCAUCGAGCAACUAUGAAAGACCUACCCAUUUAUGAUUCAAACCAUGAACUACUAACUGAACAUACCAUAAGCAAGCCAGUUUUAAAUCAGCACCAGAAAUUUAGAGAGGCUUCCAAAUUAUGCAAUUCCUUAGCUGUUACUAUAUCACAAUAUGGGAAUAAAAGAUACCGAGAAAUUAUGGAUCAAAUGAAACUGUUAAAGUCUUUUUAUCAAAGCAAGAAAAAAGUUUUAAUUGUUGAAGUGAUUGAUGAGAAAAGUAAUGAUCACAAUUCAUCAAAUAAUACGGAAAUAUGUGUUUUGGACGAUAACCACUACGAAUUACACGGAACUAACUCCAAAAUAUUAACAGAGGCGGCAGAUAUAUCAUUAGAUUUAGAACUGCCAGGAGAAUCAGAAACGUCAGGUACUGUAUUAACAGAAGAAGAAAUACCAAUUAGUUUAUUGGGUGAUAAUACGCACAACUGUCCAUCUCAAGAAAUUGACUCGGAAGUACUAAGACAUGAAGCAGAAAUAUUACCAGAAGGAACAGAAAUAUUAGAAGCAGAGAUUAUAUCAGAACCAGAAGAUUUACAACUCGCAAAACAAGUAGAAUUGAUAGAAAGAGAAAUGCUACCAGUAACAGGAAGUGUUUUGGAUGGUAAUAAACGCAACUACGAGUACUAUGUAUUCCAGAAAAAUGACAGCAAAGGGGAAGCAGAAAUAGUAGCAGAAGAAACGAUAUCAAAAAAUCUAGAAAUUUCAGAUGGAGUGGGAAAAAUUUUAGAAUCGAACAUCAGCAACAAACAUGAUAAUAUAGGAACUAGCAAGAAAUAUGUGUUACGUGAAAUACAAAUACCUCCAAAAAUGGUUAAAUGUGGAAGACCGAAGGGUUCAGAGUUAACAGUCAUUGGUACAAAAAGAAAAAGGCGUAAAGCAUCAGGUCCAUCCAACAACUGAAUUUUAUUUUUCAUUUUUUAUUUAUUUCGAUUUGGUUUAACUCUGUAAAGUUUCUUAUAAUAAUAAUGUAUUCUCAAUAAAUAAUGUUAAUUUGA